UAGGGUAUUUCAUUGGUCGAGAGUCUACAGUCACCGUAGACUCUGACCGUAGACUACCAAUCGGAAUGCCGUCAUCGACCGUAGACCACCAAUCAGGGCACGGAGAAGAUGCGCUGCUCCGAUUGGAGACUCUGACUGUAGACUACCAAUCAAGUUGUAGUUCGCGAGUGUAGACUACCAAUCACAGGCCUCAGAUCCUUCAACACAUGUUGUCAAAGAAGAGCGCUAGCAUCUUAUUAACAACUUUAUUUUAUUAUUAUUUAUUUACAACUUUUUGGUUACAUUUCUUUGAUGUGCAUAAUAUUAAGAAGAUUUCAAGCGAAAGUAAGAAAAAGUUCACCUUGAUAUGGCGAGGCCAGUCAUACGUCUUCAAAACCCCACUGCUCCAGAGGGUCGUCAGCAGGCCUUAUUGGUGGCAACAAAUGAGGCCCGUGACUGCAGAAACAGGAGAAUGAGUUUUCCUCUUCCCCCUCCUCAGCUGCUCUGUGAUUCCACUGCACUGGCCCAUGCGGAAAGAGAACUACGUUCUGAAGGGAUAAGAACACCAUCACGACAGCAGUGUCUGGGGAAGAUGGUGCUACCCUUCGGCCAGUAUCUUAACGCACCAUUUCACUGGCUUGUGUCAAAUGAUGUGGGCUACAUGAAGUACUUGAUGGACAAGCACAGAGAAGAACUCUCUAAAAAAGUUGGAAAGGGGCAAGCACAAAAUGAUUGGAUAAAAGACCACCUGGCAGAGUAUGCAGAGAGCUUUCCAGAAGUUUCAAUCGCUCUGGAAGCCAACAUCCACCGAUGUGUUUACGGACAGAAGGGGUUUGAGAGCCAUAGCUUCCAGGAGAUGUGGGAGCUCUACAGCCAGUAUUCUGCACAGAAGGACAGGCCAGAUGAUUUUGGUACGAGUCAGAGGGAAACAAUACAGAAGGCAUACAGCUCUGUUAGCCGCUGGCUAAAUACACCUAUAACACACAUCACCAGUGUGCAGAUGAAGAGAUUUAGAAAAUACAUUUAUGACAAGAAGACUCAAAAGUCAAGCUCUUCAAUCAGUGACCCCUUAUGGCUGGAUGAUACCCACUUGUUGGAGGUGAUCAAAUCUGAGCCAAUGGCUUCCACAGCAUCAUGCGCAGCCUCAGCAUCAUCUGCAGCCCCAGCAGCCUCAGCAUUAUCCAAAGCCUCAGCAUCAUCCACAGCUCCAUUCAAAGCCUCAGCAUCAUCUGCAGCCCCAGCAGCCUCAGCAUUAUCCAAAGCCUCAGCAUCAUCCACAGCCUCAUCCAAAGCCUCAGCAUCAUCCAAAGCCUCAGCAUCAUCCAAAGCCUCAGCAUCAUCCAAAGCCUCAGCAUCAUCCAAAGCCCCAGCAUCAUCCAAAGCCCCAGCAUCAUCCAAAGCCCCAGCAUCAUCCGCAGCCCCAGCAUCAUCCGCAGCCCCAGCAUCAUCCGCAGCCCCAGCAUCAUCCGCAGCCCCAGCUUCAUCUGCAGCCUCAGCUUCAUCUGCAGCCUCACCAUCAUCAGUAGCCUUAGCAUUAUGCACAGGCACAUCCACAUCUUCAAAGGAGUCCUCCUCCACACCUUCAAAGAAGUCCACACCUUCAUCAAAGAAGUCAUCCACAGCCACGGUCCCAGUAGAACCCAGUAGUAACUCCCCUGUCGAGCUGGAGGGCUGGGUGCGACUGUGGGAAAAUCCCAAUGGCAUCCCACCAGCUGAUCUUUCCUGGGUGAAGGAUGACACAGAGCGAGGACUCUUUGGGCCCAUUCAGGUGUACCGUGACAAUGCUGGGGUAUUGAAGAGGCGGCGAGUACUAAAAUCAGACCGCAUGUGGUUUUACCCUCCAGAACCUCCAGGCUACAUCUGUGGUACUGUGCCAACUCCACAUCUCUUCUUUCGGCGUAACGUAUUUGUGUGGCGGCCUGUUGGAGUUUGGAAAUACUCACUGAAGUGUCCUCGAGGAGAAGAAUGUGUGGGUCAAAGUAUGAACGUGUACCUCAACAAAUCAGGCUACCAUACCAAGGUUCGUCACGUGUGUGACGUUUCCGGCUGGUACUUUAUAAUAACAGAGGUCCUGUGCUGCGGAUUCUGCCAUUCUUUGUCAACUCAGUGAGGCUCACCAAGCCAUGUUUCCUGCUAUUCUGACAGACAAGCGUGGUGUGGACAAAAAUGUGGUGCGGCUUUUGAGGGACCGGACCGAAGGGAACACCAUGGUUAAAGUGUGGCGACAAAUUCAGGAGAAUCAUGUUGAGGAGUAUCUCCACAGGAAAGACCUUUACACCACACUCCUCAUGACUCUCCUGAAGCCUGGGGGAAUCGUGUCAGCCUUAGGACACACGUUUGAGGCUCCACCUCCUCAAAGAGAGCUUCCCUCGGCUCGCCUGCUUCGCCAUGCUUUCCUUCUGGCGGAGGCCAGCAACGUACAGGACUACAGGAACCAGAUUCUCUCCACUUUUGGCAAAGUGCUAAAGAUGGACUCCACUAAAAAGGUGGUGAAGAAGCUGUCUGGGGAGGGUAAAGGCACGGCGGAGUGGUUUACCAGCAUAGGCAAUGAGCAUUCGCAGAUUGUCUCAUUUGUUCUUACCUGUGAAGAGUCCACUCGGUGUCUGAAGCCAAUGUGUCAGGGAGUAAUGGACCGCUUCCACCAGGCCAAUCAACCUGUGCCCAACAUCUUGUACAUUGACCGCGGGUGUUGUCGGGCACAAGGCCCGAGCGCUGUGGAGAGCUUA